GAUGGCGGCGGCGGAGCGAGCGGAGCAGCCGGGGCAGGCUGGCUCCUGCCCUGCCGCUGAAAACGCCGCGUCUCGGGAGCCGCUGAUUGUGACAGCAGUGAAGUUUUUACAGAAUCCACGGGUCCGCCAAAGUCCUCUUGCAACCAGAAGAGCAUUCCUGAAGAAGAAAGGCCUGACGGAUGAAGAGAUCGACCUGGCUUUCCAGCAGUCAGGGACGGGCACGGAGGAGCCACAGUCCCCAGGUCCUGCCACGCACCCCGUGCCAGCUCAGCCCCCUCCCCCUGUGGUGUAUA